AUGUUAAUUUCUAAACAAUAUUUUGUUAAUAUAUUUUCAGCAAAAGCGGUAACAACAACUGAAACAGACAGUUCAUCAACUCAGGAGACAUGUAAGUUCACAUUGAGAACACUUUCACAAUGUCAGUUAUAGAAAUUAACGAAAAAAUUUAAUGUCAAUAAUAUUUACAUGGUUAAUACUGAAUUUUCACCUUUAAUUUUAAAACUUAACUUUGUAGUUCUAUCUACAGCAAAAUCCACACCGGAAAACACCGAAGGUUUAAUAACUGAACUAACAAGUUAUAAGUUUAUGAAUAUAAAACUUCCAUGGCAUCCAAUUUUGCUUUCUAAUUGACUUGCCUAAAUUCAUGCAACCAUAGUGAUGUUCUUAAUCGACACCGAAUAAGACAAAUGGUUCGGAAGCUGAACCAACAAAGUUGUUCAUGAUUACAAUGAGUCAAUUUAAAAAUUCCACUUUGAUUCGUCCGUGUUACAUAGAAUUACUAGUAAUAAGAUUUAUUAAAAUAACUUUUCUUUCAAUAAUUAUAUGCAAAUUAAAAUCUACACCGAAAGAUUUGACAACUCAUUAUAUUCAUAAUGAAUCAAUGGAAAUAUUAAAUUUUGUGAUUUGAAAUAACUCUUCUUUAUAAUUAUAGCAGAAGACGCACAGAUAAAGACAGAUAGUUCUACAGCACAAGGUUAGAGUGCUGUAACGAAAUGGCAUCAAGGGCCACACGUUCUUCGCAGCUGCUCCCGCGGUUAUAGAUCUAUGUAAAGUUUAUACACUCAAUAUUUCGAUCUUAAAAGACAUCUCAACAAAACCCAUAUCCAGCCUUUCAAGUUUUUUUAACAAUAUUAAAUUAUAUAAAUGUUCGCAACUGCAUGCUCCUUGUUAUAUCUAAUAAAUGUAUAAAAAUUUUACUCGAAUUUUCCACUUCUAAAUCCCUUCAACAGAAACUCCAAUUAAGCCUAAAAUGUUAACAUAGUGAAAGGUUGGAAAAUUCGACUGCAUUUUUUAUACAUUUAUUAGAUAUAUCAACGAGCAGUUGCAAAUGCAGAUGAUGCAUCUAUAUAUAGAGCCGAUAAUCGCAUUUUUCAGAACUGCAUAGUUAGAUCUAAUAAAUAUUUAACAUUUCACUCGAAUUCUUCACUUACAUAUCCCUUUUAUGUUCUUUUAAAAUAUCCCGUCUUAAUAAGUAUUAUAAUAACAUCUACACCGAAAGAAACAGACAGUUCGACACCUCAACCAAUAAGUAUAUGUCAACCUCUAUAUUCGGUGCAUGUUUAAGACUACUACAGAUUAAUUGUUAUGCUUUUAAAGACUUUUCUCCAAAAUUAUAGCAACAGCCACACUGGGAAAGACAGAUAGUUUAACACCUGAACCAACAAGUGUGUUCACAAUGAAUCAAUGCGAAUAUCCAAAAUUAAUUAUUUUUCCCUAUAGGCUAUUAAAUUUCUAUGGUUUUAAAUUUACUCUUCUCUAUAUUUAUAGUAGCAGCAACAUCCCAAAAUGCAAAUGAUUUAAUAACUCAAUCACCAAGUAUGGGCACAAUGAGCCCAAUGCAAAAAUUGAAUAUUCAUCUUUUUAUCCUAACAAUAUUAGAUUUUCAUGGUUUUAAAUUUACUCAUUUCUAUUAUUACAGCGACAUCUCCACCGAAGAAGACAGAUGGUCUAACAAAGCAACAAACACGUAGGUUCACAAUUUCAAAAUUCAACAAUUUCAAAAUUGAAAAUUCAAGUUCACUUCGAUAUGUUUCAUUCCUUUUCAGCCAAAUCUAGACCGAAAACGACUGAAGGUUCCACAACUCAACAAACAAGUAAUUUCACAAUGAAUCAAUGUCAAAAUUUUAUUUAUCCUUGCAUUCUAAGAACUUGAAUUUGUUACGAUUUUAAAUAGUACUCUUAAACUAUACACCGAAUAAGACGGAUGAUUCAAAACUCAAACAACAAGUAUUUGCACAAUGAAUCAAUUCAAAAUGGUGUAUUCAUUCUUAUCCUACGAAUUGAUUUUCAUCGUUUUAAAUUGACUAUUUUUUGUAAUUAUUGCAGGUGUGCAUCGGAUCGGACUGAACGUUAAUAAUCCGACCAUUGGCCAAUGUUUAAAAUCCGAUCCGAUCCGAAAUUGUCUAAUCCGAAUCCGACUCCGAGAUUUGAUAAAGAAUUCCAAUCGGAUCUGAUCCGAUGAACCUUUAAUAAAAUAAAUAUAUUUCUCAUUCAAGUGGAAUAUUUAAUCAAAUAAAUAUAAAAACAAGAAAUACAUGUCAAGAAGCUGACAAAGCGAUGUUCAAUUGACAAAAACAAGAAAUACAUGUCAAGAAGCUGACAAAGCGAUGUUCAAUUGACGUGUCAAACGAUUAAUGCAGCAACAGCCGCGUUGUCGUGGAUUAAUUCAUUUUAUUUCGAAUAUCGAAAUCCGAUCCGAUCCGACUACGAGACAAUUUUAUCAAUUUUACACAGAAAUGAAUAUUUUUGUUCCGAAAUUUAAAUCAGAACGAAUCCAUUCGGAUCGGAUUGGUUUCGGAUCAGAUUUACAAACCUCUAAUAAUUAUAGCUAGUAACAUCGACAUUGAAAAAGACAGAUGAUUCAAUAACUUAACAAGUAAGGAAUUCCACAAAAGUUCACUCCCAUAUCCGUCCUUUUUUCGAGAAUGUCAAAUUUCUGGCUUUUAAUUCAAACAACUUUCUUUAUAAUUAUAGCACAGUCUACCAAGACAAAGACAGAUGGUAUGAAUCAUUGUAAAAAUUGUAUGAUUAUCUUUAGAAUAUUAAUUUUCUGCUGUUUUAAAGAUUACUCUGCUUGAUCAAUGGCAACACUUAGACAGAAAAAGACAGAUAGUUUAACAUCUGAACCAACAAGUAUAUACAUGCACAAUGAAUAAGUUAAAAAAAAUUAUAUUCAUACCCUUCAUCCUAUGAACAUAAAAUUUUUGAUGUUUUAAAUAUUUCACAUCUCUCUAAUUAAAGCAAAAUUGAAACCGAAAAAACAGAUGCUUCAAAAACUCAACAAACAACUAAUUUUGCGAUGAAUGAAUGCAAAUAUUCUAUAUUCAUCCUAUUAUAGCUUUCUUCCGAAAAAAAUAAUUUUUUCAUUUUAAAUAUUUCUCUUCUUUUUAUAGCAACAUCUAAGCUGAAGAAGACAGCUGGUUUAACAACUCAACCAACAAGUAUGUGCAGAAUGAGUCAAUGCAGAACUUCUGUGCAUGUUUAUCCUUUUAUCCUUUUAUCCUUAAUUAAAUUUAUGAUUUAAAAUACUACUCAUCUCAUUUUAGCUACAUCCACACAGGAAAAGACAGGUGGUUUAACAAUUCAACCAACAGGUACGUACAGAAUGAGUCAAUAUAGAACUCCUGUGUUCAUUUAAUAUAAACAGAGGAUAUUACACGGCGCCGCGAAAAUACAACUUUUAUCUUCGAGUGGCGAAAACAAUAUUUUACGAACGAGCGCAGCGAGUGAGUAAAAUAUUUUUUUAAACACGAGAAGAUAAAAGUCAUAUCUUCAAGCGCCCGUGUAAUGUUCUGUUUAUUAUAUAGUCCCAAGCAAAAAAUUGUGAAAUUUCACGCUCAAAAGCAAAUUGAAAAAGUCACGUGAUCGAUAUCUUCACUAGUGAAGAUGUGGAAAAUAUUGCACACUGUGUAUUUUCAGUAUCUCACUCUCUACCAUAUAUAACUGGCUGCUGACGAGGCAGGAUUUUCCCGCGUUGCCCACGAGCAAUACGCAAUUUUUAUUGCCCAGCGACGAGAGACGAUGUUUUUGUAAUUUUAUGGAAUUUUAUUGUUUUCAUAUUUGUUGUCUUAUUUUUCCUCGUAUUUUUCUUGAAAUACUAUCCAAACUGUGUUAGUUUUCUAUAUAAAAAGUACUGUAAAGCAGUCUUAGUAACCAAAGAACAUUUUUACAAUUUUUUUUUCAAACUGUUUUGGACUUUGUACUUUGUACCUGGCGUGACCUAAUUUUCUUCCAUUUUUUACAACGUACAAUGCCAUAUAAUAAAAACCUUACUGACCUCAACCGUUCGGGCAGUACGGGAAAUCAUACAACCUCUGUCUUGCUGUAUUGACCUCGCUAUCGCUCGGUCAAUACAACAAGACCUCGGUUGGAUAUUUUCCCGUACUGCCCUCACUCUUAGUCAGUAAGUUAUUGAUAUUAAAUUUUUAUCAGUUCCUUUUUUAACUAUAUAUCUGGAGGGGGGGGGGGGCAAUUGCCCCUGCCGGGAAAGAAUUCCCCCACCCCAGUAAAACCAUUUCUGCCCCCGAAAUGCGAAGCAGAGUUGCUCAUUAUGGCUGUCAGAAUUGCAGUUGAUUUACUUGAUAAUGAGACUAUGCCCUUCCAUAACCUCUUCCACAGCCAUCUUGUGUGUAAUUCAUAUUGUUCUUCACCGAGUAUUUCAUAAUAGCGAUAGAUUUCAUGCAAACAAUCCGAUAAAAUGGUAGCCUCUCCAAGCCUUGCGACUAUUUCCUAGCACUCUCCUUCGCAGAGGCGUUGUGUUUUGUUUUGGGAGGCUUUAUUGCAAAUUUUUUUUCUUAUAAAAUAUCAAGUUAUAUUAAAGCCCCCCCCCCCCCAAAUCGCCACAAAAACCAUUCUCUCAGAAAGGCUAAAUCCAUAGAGAAAUUGAGGGAGGAGGGAGGGAGGGGUACACGUUACAUGCUCGAAGCUGAAACUGAUUAAGUACGUCUCGACUGAGGAACUUGAUUUGUGAAAUCUCGAUAUACUGAAAGAACUCGAUUUGUGAAAUCUCGUUAAAGCAGUUGUAGAUAUGGUUCCAAGAAGAAUUGAUUUAGUUUAGAUUUUUAACUGUUAAAUACAUGUAUGUAUGCAUCAUCAUAGCAUGAACAUUUCUUCUCAGGCUUAUUCUCUAUCGUACGAAAAAGCAACACAAUUUUUAGAAUGCGGAAAUAGUGUCUCAUAGAACCUAAAAUGAUUUAAAUGCAACAGUCCUGAUUAAAAUCACAUUGGGUUACCCCCCCCCCCCCCGGAAUCACAGAGAGAAAAUAAGGUGACACUGACCCCUACUCCUAUUUUUCAAGGCGACUUUUCCAAUUUAUUUAAUUCCGAGUAGAAAAGUCUAGAAAAAUUCAUGUCUUCGAUGUACUUUAUAAUCUUCGGAAUUCUGCAAGAUUUCAUUCCCAAAAUGCAUGAAAUCCCAAUUCAGGGACCCUAGAUUUCAUAAUUUUCCGCACCCCGGACCCUCCUAGACGGUCUCGCCGGAGGCUCCGGAAUAUCGAUAAUUGGGGUGGGGGAGAUAUUCAUAUAUUCGUGUUCUGCCUAAUUAAUUUCUUUUGUAAUCGAUUGUUUUUACAGCCUGUGAACACGAAUAUAUGAAUAUCUGCCCCCGCAAUUAUUGAUAUUCCGGCGCCUCUGGGUCUCACGCCUUCGGCGUGAGGUUUGCCGCCGCAAAAUUAAGGUUUAGCUACGCCACUGGUUACAGCUGUACGAUUAUAGCUACAAAGAGUUGAAGUUAUUAUAUAGUAGAUAGUGAGAUACUGAGAAAUACACAGUGACAUAUUUUCCAUAUCUUCACUAGUGAAGAUAUCGAUCACGUGACUUUUUCAAUUUGCUUUUGAGCGUGAAAUUUCACAAUUUUUUGCUUGGGACUAUAUAAUAAACAGAACAUUACACGGUGGCUUGAAGAUAUGACUUUUAUCUUCUCGUGUUAAAAACAAUAUUUUACUCACUCGCUGCGCUCGUUCGUAAAAUAUUGUUUUCACCACUCGAAGAUAAAAAGUCAUAUCUUCGCGCCGCGGUGUAAUAUCCUUUAUUUAUUGUUUAAAGUAAAAUAUAGCUGAAGUUAAUAAAUUAAAGUUUUACAAAAUAUCUCUUCAGAAUCGCGCGUUCGCCAAACUUCGACGGCUCAUAUUUUUCGUCCUGCCUUUUUUUCUGUUUUGCCCCCCCCCCCCAGUGAAAAUUCCUUAAAAAGGCACUGAUUUUUAUUGUUUUAAAUUUUACUCGUCUCUUUAUAGCAACAUCUAAACCGGCAAAAACAGGUGGUUUAACAACAAGUAGGUUCACAAUUUUAAAAUUCUACUAUAGUUAAGGAGGCUCCCUACAGUUUCCAAUAUAUGUCAAAGUUUUAAACUAAAAGCUAUUUGAAUCAAAAGAAAAUAAUUUUUGAACAAGCCAUUGUUUCCUCUUAUAUAAAAGAGUAAUUUUAACCCACAAUCGCUACUCUUCACGUUACCAUGACAACAUAACGUCGCCAUCUAUGUGGCCAAUAUCAACCAAAAAAGCCGCCUUAGUGGACAAAUAAGCACGGUGACCUACCUUUAUUAAUUGCAGAAAAUACAUGCAUUGUUAUGAAGUUUUGAAUCGUUUUUGAAAGUUAUUUGAAAAUCACAAGGGUAGUUUUCGAGAGACUGAAUUUCAGCCUUUCCAAAUGCUAAAAUGCAAUCUUUUAAGAUUGCAUUUUAGCCUUGGAAAGGCUGAAAGUCACUUCCGUUUGCUUUCUUUCAUUUUCUUCCUCAAUAUAAAUAUGUUAUGCUUUUAAAUAUUUUUUUUAAAUUAUAGCCAAACCUACACCGAAAACGUCAGAUGAUUUCACAACUCAACAAACAAGUAAUUGGACAAUAAAUCAAUGUAAAAAUGCUAUAUUCAUCCUUGCAUCCUAA